AUGGCAGUCCUCAAGCCCGACGUCGACACGUCCGAGUCCGCAGUCGUCCAGCUCAUCAAGGCGCUGCGGACGUACUGGUUCGCUGUCAUACCCGCCGUCUUCAUUCUCCGCUUCUUGUACUACAAGUACUCCUCCCCGCUGCGCAAGUACCCCGGCCCCUUCCUGGCCUCUGGCAGCCGAGCAUGGAAAGUCUGGUCCACCUACAGCGGCCACACCGAGCUCGACCACAUCGCCCUCCACGAACGCUACGGCCCCAUCGUCCGGAUCGCCCCUACCGAACUCUCCCUGGCCAGCCCCAAUGCCGCCCGCGAAGUCCUCGCAGCCGGCAAAGGGUUCCACAAGACCGACUUCUACGGCGUCUUCCCUCCGCCAGAGAACCCAGAUAUCUUCACCGAGACCCGCGAGGCUGUGCACGCCGUUAAGAAGCGGUAUGCCAGCAACCCGUACAGUAUGGCGACGAUGCACCAGAUGGCGAGCUAUAUCGAGGAUACGGAGAAGAUGCUAGCGAGCAAGUUUGAUAAGAUGUGUGAGACGCAGAAUCAGUAUUGCAAUCUCGGGGAUUACUUGCAUUAUUAUGCGUUUGAUGUGUUAGGAGAGAUAGCUUUCUCGAGGAAAUUCGGCUUCUUGGAGGCUGGCUAUGAUAUUGAGGGCGCCAUCAAGACGAUCGAUGAUAUGCAGUGGUAUGAUGGCAUUAUCGGGCAGAUCCCGGAAUGGGACUUUGCGUUUCGCAGGAAUCCAGUACGGAAGUAUCUGCCGGGGCUGGACACAAAGCAGUUUUUGAUCACCAGAAUGGCGGUGCAAGAGAUGGACAAGAGGAAGAAGAUGGGAAAGCAGUUGGAAAGGAAGGAUCUGCUGUCGCAGCUGUUCGCAGCGCAUGACAAGGCCCCGGAUGCGUUCAAGGAGGGCGAUGUCUUUGCCGUGGCACAUGGUGCUAUCUUCGCCGGCUCCGACUCCACUGCCUCCACGAUGCAGUCCAUGUGCCACUCUGUCCUGCGCAACCCAGCCAUCUACGCCAAGCUGAAGCAAGAAAUUGAUGAAGCUGCGGCGUCCGGCAAGCUGUCUGAGAUGCCACAGUGGAGUGAAGUGCAAGCUCUGCCUUAUUUCCAAGCAUGUCUGAAAGAAGCCAUGCGUAUCCGGCCGGCUGUUGGCUUGAACAUCACCCGCUUGGUCCCACCAGAGGGCUGCGAGAUUGAUGGCACAUGGUUCACAGGCGGGACCAGGGUUGCGCUGAAUGGCUGGGUGCUGCAUAGGAAUGAACUGUUUGGGCCAGAUCCGAAGGUGUAUCGGCCUGAGAGGUGGCUGGAGGGAGACGCGAAGAAUAUGGAGAGGUUCAUGUUUCAGUUCGGUGGCGGAAGCCAUCUGUGCAUCGGCAAGAACCUGGCUCUUCUGGAGAUGAACAAGACCCUUCCCCUCCUGUUCCGUGACUAUGAGUUCGAGCUGUUGAGGCCCGAGGAAGACUUGAAGUAUCAUUCGACGUUCUUCGUGGUUCAGGAGGGUCUUGAGGUGCGCAUAUCAAAGCGAAACAAAUCGGGCUGA